AUGAUUAUUCCAAUCCGUUGUUUUUCAUGUGGUAAGGUUGUUGGUGACAAGUGGGAAGCUUACUUGGAGUUAUUACAAGAUGAAUCCAUGACUGAAGGUAACGCUUUAGAUAAAUUAGAAUUGAAGAGAUAUUGUUGUAGAAGAAUGGUUUUAACUCAUGUUGAUUUAAUUGAAAAGUUCUUAAGAUAUAAUCCAUUAGAAAAGAAAGAUAUUAAUUAG